AUGAGUGAUUUAGAAGAAGAAGAGGACAGAUCAAAGUCUCCGGUCUACAGCUGUCCGUCUAUGGAGUGGGAGAAGUCUGAAGAUGAUCCUCAAAACUUCAGUAAUGAACCUGGACCCUCAGACACAAAAGAAAAGAAAAGUCAUGUUUCUAUGGAGGAGCAGCCAUCCUGCUGUGCUUUGUGUCAUGACAUCAUGAAGGAUCCAGUCUCUACCAGCUGUGGAGACUGGUUCUGCAGAGAGUGCAUCACCUCAUACUGGGAACAGUCUGCUUCAUCAGGAGACUCUUCCUGUCCCCAGUGUGGAAAACGAUCCAGAACAAGAGCUGGACUGCAGACAGCCGGUCAGACCAGCACUGUACCAAAUUGUGGUCUGCAGGUGGUUUCAGUUGGACAUAUAAUCAGUCUGAAGACAAGAUUUGAACAUGUGACUGAAGGACCUUUUAAAACAGGAACUGAAACCCCCCUAAACAGGAUCUACACUGAGCUUUACAUCAAAGCGGGACAGAGUGAAGAUGUUAAUACCCAACAUGAGGUAGUGCAGCUUGAGACAACUUCCAAGAUGAAGAAUCUCGAUGACUCUCCAAUCAAGUGCUGCGACAUCUUUAAAGCCUUACCUGACCAACAGAAACACAUCAGAGUCGUUCUGACUAACGGUGUUGCUGGCGUUGGAAAAACCUGCUUAGUGCAGAAGUUCUGUCUGGACUGGGCAGAGGGUUUGGAAAACCAAGAUAUCAGCCUGGUGAUCCCACUGUCGUUCAGGGAGCUGAACUUGAUCAUAGAUGAGCAGUACAGUCUUCUCAAGCUGAUCCAUGUUUUCCAUCCAGCAUUACAGAAGCUCACAGCAGACCAACUCUCUGGCUGUAAAGUUCUGUUCAUCUUUGACGGCCUGGAUGAAAGCAGACUUUUACUGGAUUUCCUUAACAAUGAGGUUGUUUCUGAUGUCACAGAGAAGUCAUCAGUUAACGUGCUUUUAACAAACCUCAUCGAGGGGAAUCUGCUUUCCUCGGCUCUCGUCUGGAUAACUUCUCGACCUGCAGCAGCCAAUCAGAUCCCUCCUGCAUAUGUUGACAGGGUAACAGAAGUACAAGGCUUCAAUGACGCCCAGAAGGAGGAGUACUUCAGGAAGAGAAUUAGUGAUGAAGAGCUGUCCAGCAGAAUCAUCUUCCACAUCAAGACAUCCAGGAGCCUCUACAUCAUGUGUCUUCUCCCAGUCUUCUGCUGGAUCACUGCUACAGUUCUGGACCACAUGUUGACUAUAGACCAGAGAGGAGAGCUGCCCAGAACACUGACUGACAUGUAUUCACACUUCCUGCUGGUUCAGACAAAGAGGAAGAAGCAGAAGUAUGAAGAGGGACAUGAGAUGAGUCCACAGGAGCUGACGGAGGCUGACAGGGAAGUUCUUCUGAAGCUGGGGAGGCUGGCAUUUGAACAGCUGGAGAAAGGAAACAUCAUGUUCUACCAAGAAGACCUGGAGCAGUGUGGUCUUGAUGUGACAGAGGCCUCUGUGUACUCAGGAAUUUGUACAAAGAUCUUCAAAAGAGAGAGUAUGAUCUUCCAGAAAACAGUCUAUUGCUUCAUCCAUUUGAGCGUUCAGGAGUUUCUGGCUGCAGUCUAUUUCUACCACUGUUACACCAACAGGGACAGAGAGGUACUGGAGGACUUCCUGGGAGAAGACGGGGAUAAUUACCGAACCGCGAAUAACCUCUACUAUGAGGGUGACAGUGAAAGUGACAGUGAUGGUUAUGAACAUGAUAACCUAUCUCUGGAUGUUUUCCUGAGGAGAGCCAUGGAGAAAUCUCUCAAAAGUAAAAAUGGCCACCUAGACCUGUUUGUCCGCUUCCUCCACGGCCUCUCUCUGGAGUCCAACCAGAGAUUGUUAGGAGGUGUUCUGGGUCAGACGGACAACAGUCCAGAAAUGAUUCAAAGAGCCAUCAACAACCUGAAGAAGAUAAACAUGGACAAGAUCUCUCCUGACAGAAGCAUCAACAUCUUCCACUGUCUGACGGAGAUGAACGACCACUCAGUCUAUCAGGAGAUCCAAGAAUUCCUGAAGUCAGGGAACAGAUCAGAGAAGGAACUCUCAGAGAUCCACUGCUUAGCUUUGGCCUACAUGCUGCAGAUGUCAGAGGAGGUUCUGGAUGAGUUGGACCUGGAGAAGUACAACACAUCACUAGAGGGACGACGGAGACUGAUUACAGCUGUGAGGAACUGCAGAAAGGCACUACUUACUGGCUGUUACCUCUCAAAUUCUCACUGUGAAGUUGUGGCCUCAGCUCUGAAGUCCAACCCCUCCCAUCUGAAAGAACUGGACCUAAGUUACAACAAGUACCUGCAGGAUUUAGGAGUGAAGCUUUUGUCUGAUGGACUGAAGAGUCCAAACUGUAGACUGGAGAAGCUGAGAUUGAGGUACUGCAGUUUAUCAGCGAUCAGCUGUGCUUCUCUGGCCUCAGCAUUGAAGUCCAAUCCCUCCCAUCUGAGAGAGCUGGAUCUGAGUGACAACCAGUUGCAGGAUUCAGGAGUAGCGCUGCUCUGUGAUUUUCUUAAGAGUCCACACUGUAGACUGGAGACUCUGAGAUUGAGGGGCUGCAGUUUGUCAGAGAUCAGCUGUGCUUCUCUGGCCUCAGCUCUGAAGUCCAACCCCUCCCAUCUUAGAGAGCUGCAGCUGAGUAACAACAAGCUUCAGGAUUCAGGAGUGAAACUGCUGUGUGAUUUUCUGAAGAAUCCACACUGUACACUUGAAACGUUGAGAUUGUGGAACUGCAGUUUGUCGGAGAUCAACUGUGCUUCUUUAGCCUCAGCUCUGAGGGCCAACCCUUCUGAUCUGAAAGACUUGGACCUGAGUCAUAACAACAUUCAGGAUUUAGGAGUGAAGCUGCUAUGUGAUUUUCUGAAGAGUCCACAAUGUAGACUUGAAACUCUGAGAUUGAGGGGCUGUGGUUUGUCAGGGAUUAGCUGUUGUUCUCUGGCCUCAGCGCUGAAGUCCAACCCCUCCCAUCUGAGAGAGCUGCAGCUGAGUAACAACGAGCUGCAAGAUUCAGGAGUGAAGCUGCUGUGUGAUUUUCUGAAGAGUCCACUCUGUAGACUGGAGAUUCUGAGAUUGAGUCGCUGCGGUUUGUCAGAGAUCAGCUGCGCUUCUCUGGUAUCAGCUCUGAAGUCCAACCCCUCCCAUCUGAGGGAGCUGGACCUGAGUCUUAACAACAUUCUGGAUUCAGGAGUGGAGCUCCUCUCUUGUCAUGUGGAGAGUCCACACUGUAGACUGGAGACUCUGAGGAUCAAUGACAAGUUGAUCACAGCUAAGACACACAAGAAAUAUGACUCCAAUGUGAAGCGUGAUGUGAAAACAAACUUGCCAGAGAAAAACAAAAAGGGUCCAAUAUCCUUCUCACCUGAACACACAACUGAAUCUUCAUACAGAUUCAGGUGUCCCGGUCCAGGUGUGUUUCAGUGCGAUUUGACUGGACUGGUGUUCGUUAUGGCUCAGGAGGCGGAGCUGCUGUAUAGUAUUGUCCAAUGGAACCAGAGCCUCCUCCAACCAGCUGGCAAGAAGGCUGCAGGGCCGCUCUUUGAAAUCAAGAGCUCUGAGGAUGCUGCUGUCCUUCAGCUCCACCUUCCACACUGUGAAACAAAGGAUGCAUUGCUCUUUGAUGGCCUGCUGUCUGUCGUCCACAUCACUGAUGAUGGAAUGAGCAUCUUGGAGCCACUGGAGGUUACAGACACUCAUGUGGUUGUGAAGGUCCCUCACCUCUCUGCCUUUGGCCUGGUCUGGGAUUUCGUCAGAAGGUUUGUGAGCUUAAUGCUGCCAAUAGAGGGCCAAGUUCUGCUGUUCCUUCGACCCCCACGCGCAAGGUAUCAAGUGCUCGAUGUAUUUCUGCUGCCCGACAACAUCCCUCUAGAUGAGGUUGAAAAGAAACAACGAGGUGCUGAGUACCUCCCGAUGUCAUCUGAAUGUCAUCUCGGCAUUGGUCAAAGUUACAGUGUCCACUGUGAACCUGAGGGCUUCACAAUACAGCCUGAGCAUGCAACAUUUCACUUGAAGUAUGGACCAAAUUUCCAUCCAACAUUUGAAGUUUUUUUGACUACGGACACAGAGAAAGUGACUUUGACGGUCCAGGACCAAGAGAGGACAGAAUUGUGGAAACGUCAGGUGUUACUGAAAGAGGACAGUGUCCCAGUAGUGGACAGUGUCCCAUCAGAGGACAGCAUCUCAGUAGAGGACAGCGUCCCAACAGUGGAUGACGUCCCAGCUGACGAGAAGCUCUUCUCAGUUCGAAUACAAUUUCUUAACAGAGUGACUGAACCUGUUCUGAAUCAGCUUCUGGAUAAACUUCUUGAGCGUCACGUGAUAAAUGAUGCUGAAAUGCAGUCAGUCAGAACAAAAGCCAGAGAAGACAAAGCACGAGACGUGAUCGACACAGUGCGAAGAAAGGGCGCUAUCGCGAGCUCAGUACUGAUCGCUGCUCUCUGUCAGGUGGACCCAUGUCUUUUCAGAGUGCUGAACUUCAGAUGA